AUGAAGCUCAAGGCAAGGUCAUCUCUUCUGCUUCAAGAAGCCCCCCUGCCUACUAUCCCGGUCCCUCACGAUACGUGCCAACAUGCUUCUAGCAAAAUUACCAGACUUCUCGAUAAUCUUGUGGAAUACCUCGAUAUCUUCCUGGAACUUUAUACUCAUGUCUACCGUUUUAUCCCUAUCAUUGCUAUGCUGGCUACUCUGUGUACUGUCUACUUGAUCUACCUUAACCUUCUGAACUUGGUGAACAUGAUUAGUGGAGGAGAUCAAGAUUCAUUUGGAGAUCCCUUCGAUCCGCUAUCGGCGCCCUCAGCUUUACAACGGUCUCUCAACGGGCCAGUGUCGCAGACUGCUCUCAUCGCAGCACCGGUCAAAGCUCCAUUCGUUUGGAAAAGGAGGUUCCCAGAUUCACCUCGUAAACCAAAAAAUCAUGCCAAGGAGUCUAAAGCCGAAGUGACACACACCCAAAACACCCACAUAAAUCAAGACCUAAAACUCGCCCGACUACUUCUGAAAGCUGAAUUGAUGAACAAGAUUCACCAAAAGUUCGAUCGAAAGGUGGCAAAGGAAAUAAGACGAUUCCAACAAUCCAAAUCUCGGUCGGGGCAAAAAAGAGAAAGAAAAAGGAAAGAAAAGAUGGAUUUGAAGUUUUCAAAGUUGAAGAAAGAGUUCAUUGAGGAGACUGGACUCUCAACCAUUUACGAAUGA